CUCUCGGACUGGGAGAUCGUCCUGGAGAUCCACAACGUCUCCUCCAACCUCAACCACAAAGACCUGACGUGUCGGGCGGAGAACGUGGCGGGGCCGGCAGAGGACAGCGUGAUGCUGAAUGUCACCUUUCCCCCCGUCAUCCUGCUCCUGCACGAAGCCAUCCCCCAACACUUCUGGUGCAUCCCCUUCUCGGUGGACGGCAACCCGGUGCCCAGCAUCCAGUGGCUCUUCAACGGCACGGCGCUGCCGGAGGGGCCCUACAUCCACACCCGCAUCGUGGAGUACGAGCACAACUCCACCGUCCUCCACGGCUGUCUCCAGCUCAACCGUCCCACCCACGUCAACAACGGCAACUACACCCUCCUGGUCCGGAACCCCCUGGGCUCCGCCGCCCGCAGCAUCCACGGGCGCUUCAUGGAAAACCCUUUCAGCUUCAGCCCUGAGGAACCCAUCCCCGGCUCGGCCGUGCUGGCCCAAGAGGACGACCUGGCCAUGUCCCUGCACUUCAUGAAUUUGGGGAGCAGCCCCCCCUCCUCGGCCGAGAGCAAACUGGAGGGGCUGAAGAGCAACUUCAUUGAGAACCCUCAGUAUUUCUGCGACGGACAGGGACAGGGACAGGGACAGGGACGACCCCGCGGGCAGCUGACGCUGAGCCACAUGCUGCAGAUCGCCACGCAGAUCGCUUCGGGCAUGGUCUACCUCGCUUCCCUCCACUUCGUCCACCGCGACUUGGCCACCCGUAACUGCUUGGUGGGUCACGACCUGGUAGUGAAAAUCGGAGAUUUCGGCAUGUCCCGCGACAUCUACAGCACCGAUUAUUACCGGGUGGGGGGCAGGAGGAUGCUGCCCAUCCGGUGGAUGCCCCCCGAGAGCAUCCUCUACCGUAAAUUCACCACCGAGAGCGAUAUCUGGAGCUUCGGCGUGGUGCUCUGGGAGAUCUUCACCUACGGGAAGCAGCCCUGGUACCAACUCUCCAACACCGAGGCCAUCGAGUGCAUCACGCAGGGGCGGGAGCUGGAGCGUCCUCGCACGUGUCCCUCCGAGGUCUACGCCAUCAUGCAGAGCUGUUGGCAGGGGGAACCUCAGCAGCGCCGACCCAUCAAGGAGAUCCACAACCGCCUCCAGGCCCUCGUCAAGACCCCCCCGGUCUACCUGGACAUC